AAGCUUCGGUUCUCAGUUCUCACACUGAAGGGGUAGCCAUGGCUGAGCAAAAAGUCUCAGAGAUAUCUCCGGGACACACCGUCGUCCAAUUGGAGACCAACACAGCCACGGCCACCCCACACAGGAAAGAGCAAGAAACGAAGCAAAUGAAAGAGACCAAGGGGAAGUGGAAGAUGGGCUCAAUUGCAUCAAGAACUGGCUUGGUUUAUUGGGCUCUAGUCUUCGCCAACUACUUAGCCCUCUCCAUUGGCCUGGUCUCAUCUAACAUGCUCUCCAGGUUCUAUUUCAUGCACGGAGGAAGCAGGAGAUGGGUCACAUCCUUAACCCAGUCGGCAGGUUUCCCCUUUCUCUUUAUUCCACUGGGAAUUUCCUACUACAUGAACCCAACUUCAUCCUACAAGCCAUUCUCCUGCUUCACACCAAGGAUCCUGCUCUGCACCAUAGUUUUAGGGUUGCUCAUAGGCUUCGACAACUUCAUCUACUCCUGGGGUGUCUCCUUCCUCUCCGCUUCCAUAUCUUCCUUGCUCCUUUCCACACAGUUGGCCUUCACAGCUCUAUUCUCCUGCCUCAUCGUGAAGCAGCCAAUGAACUUCCCAACUCUGAACUGCAUCAUCCUCCUGACGUUGAGUUCUGCACUUGUUGGGUUCACCAGCAGCAGCCAAAGGCCUCCUGGUGUCACCAACAUUCAGUAUGCCAUGGGAGUGAUCCUCACCAUUGCUGCCGCGGCUCUCUAUGGUCUGUACUUGCCGUUGUUGGAGCUUCUGAACAGCAACCUGACGAAGAAGAAGAAGUUGGUAAUCACGUUUAGGCUUGUGUUGGAGACGCAGAUCGUGAUCUUCGCUACUGCUACACUGUUUUCCGGCUUGGGACUGGUCAUCAGCGGCGAUUACCGGAGGAUCAAAACGGAAGCGGCGGGGUUCAACGUUGGGGAGGUGAAGUACGUUCUGUGCCUGGUGUUUGGAGCUCUUGCAUGGCAGAUGGCCUUUGUAGGAACCGCGGGUUUGGUGUUCCUGACGAGCUCCCUGAUGAGUGGCAUAUGCAUAACUGCACUGAUACCGGCAGGGGUUCUGUCUCCGCUGGUUUUCUUCCAUGAAGGUUUCAGUGCGGGGAAGGGCUUCGCCAUUGUUCUUUCGUUAUGGGCUUUCGCUUCUUACCUGUUUGGGGAGUACAAGCAAAAGAAAGCCGAGCCUGGGAAUGAAGUAGAGUUGGGCAGCCAGAAAAAAUGAUGGCUGAUGAGUCUUAGAAGGAUAGAGUACUCUAUUUGCUUCAUUAGAAGAUUACAUUUUUACAGCCUACAUGUGUGGGCUUCAUUAGAGAGUUGCAAUUGCAUGCCUUUGUAACAUUCAUAUCUGCUGUAUUCAGUUUGUAAGUUGACAAUCAUCACUUGUGUCAUAAGAUUUAAUGAAGUUUUAUUAUCAUA